AUGUUCAUCACCAAAGUCCAUGCUCGUCAGAUUUUUGACUCGCGAGGAAACCCGACUAUUGAAGUUGAUCUGUACACUCAAAAAGGAAAAUUUCGUGCAUCUGUACCCUCUGGAGCAUCCACUGGGGUUCACGAAGCUGUUGAGCUUCGUGACGGAGAUAAAAAUGCAUUCGGUGGAAAAGGUGUUCUGAAAGCUGUCAAUAACGUCAACAACAUAAUUGAGCGCGAGCUCAUCAAAUCUGGCUUGAAAGUCACCCAACAGAAAGAAAUUGACGAUCUUCUGAUCAGGCUCGAUGGAACUCCCAACAAAGGACGCUUGGGCGCUAAUGCUAUAGUAGGCGUCUCAAUGGCUGUGGCUUUGGCAGGCGCCGCGGAGACCGGGGUUCCUUUGUAUCAGCAUAUUGCGGACCUCGCAGGCGUCAAGGGACCUCUUGUCCUUCCGUGCCCAUGCUUCAACGUCAUCAAUGGAGGACGCCAUGCGGGAAAUAAUUUGGCCUUCCAGGAAUUUAUGAUUAUGCCUGUGGGCGCUUCGUCUUUUUCGGAAUCGCUGAAAAUGGCUAGCGAGACAUAUCAAUCUCUUAAAAAGGUCAUUCAGAAAAAAUAUGGCCUUGACGGUGAGCACCCUGACACAUCAAAACGGGUGGCUAUAUCUGACUGGAUUUUGACCGCUGUGUUUACAGCAACGAACGUUGGAGACGAAGGCGGCUUUGCUCCCAACGUCUCCAGCGGCGAAGAAGCUCUCGACCUCUUAGUAAACGCUAUCAACAGCGCGGGGUAUGAAGGAAAAGUCAAAAUUGGUAUCGACGCCGCGGCCUCUGAGUUCUUCAAGGAUGGAAAAUAUGACCUUGAUUUCAAAAACCCUCAUCCCGACAGUAGAAAGCUGCUGUCAGGUACUGAGCUCUCAAAGCUCUAUUUGGAUUAUCUCAAAAAGUACCCACUCAUAUCCGUCGAGGACCCUUUCGACCAGGAUGACUGGGACGCUUGGACUCAUUUCACUAAAAGCGCAAGCACGCAGGUGGUGGCUGACGAUCUCACGGUGACCAAUCCCAAGCGUAUCCAGACGUGCAUUGACAAGAAAUCGGCCAACGCACUCUUGCUAAAGAUCAACCAAAUUGGUACCAUUUCCGAGUCCAUCGAGGCGUGUAAGCUCGCUCAAUCCCACGGUUGGGGUGUCAUGAUCUCGCACCGCAGCGGCGAGACUGAAAGCACAUUCAUCGCUGAUCUCGCAGUUGGCCUCGGAGUAGGUGAAAUCAAGACAGGUGCUCCUGCACGCAGCGAGCGGGUUGCGAAAUACAAUCAACUUUUGCGCAUCGAAGAGGAACUGUUGAAUUCAGGGGAGAAUCCUAUUUAUGCGGGUAGCAAAGGUUUCUCUAAAGGAAACACACCUCCAGUUCUGCUCAAAAAUUAG